CUCACUGAAAAAUAAAGUUAAUUGUUAAAUUUAUAAUGCUCAGUGUUACGUUAAGAUCGCUUUACAAAGUAAAUCGUCCGUUAUGUUUGUACGUAAUUCGGUCAGCCACCGAUACCCUGACAAUGUAGCCUGUGGACUGGGACACAAGAUGGGAUCACAGCGAACUCACUCGCACAGCUUAUCAACGAGUAUUGCCGUCUCGCUCUAGGGGUGGGUCUCGAUGUAAUCAGGGGAUGAUGUGACUCGCGAUCUCCGCAGCUCCAAAGAUCACAAUUAUCGGAGCAGUCUGUCGAAAGCCGCGUCUGUGUGGUGAAGUCACCUAUAAAAGUCAACGAAAGUUUCGUGUAUGUGGUCACUUGGGUUUUGCCGAAAUAAAGUGUACGCUUGGGACAAUAUAUUUUUGAACUAUUGCAAUGUGUGAGGAAUGUGUUCGAAUUGUUUCGAGCAUAUUUGAUUAAUUGAUUGUGAUGAAAUUUAAGAUUUAAAAGGUGUUGUUGUAAGUAACGCGCUGUCUACGUUUUGGGAGAAACACCGGGCGUCAGCCCUGACAGUUCGGAGAAUGGGAACAGGAGACAGACUUCUAGAUAUACCGUGCAACGUGUGUGGAGACAGAAGUUCAGGGAAACAUUAUGGAAUAUACAGUUGUGACGGUUGCUCCGGUUUCUUCAAGCGGUCUAUCCACAGAAAUCGUGUGUACACGUGUAAAGCGGGAGGCGAGAUGAAGGGAAGAUGUCCAGUGGAUAAAACACACAGGAAUCAGUGCCGAGCGUGCCGUCUCGCGAAAUGCUUCCAAGCCAACAUGAAUAAAGAUGCAGUCCAACACGAACGUGGCCCUCGUAAGCCUAAGUUGCAUGCGGGAGCGUUGAGCUCGCUGCCACCUCCGUCGAUGACGCACGCUCACAAACCGCAGGUCCUCAAACUGUCACCGCCCUCGCCGUAUGCACCACUGUCACUUCCACAGCCGCUCAACUUUCAAUUCAGUUUAAGCGGUAUGAACGAGCCGGCUCCGCUCAGCGCGGCCUCGUCGGCUGGGUCUAGCGCCGCUGGCACUGGUGCCUGUAGCCCGUUACCGCUCGUGCCGGACUCGUUCCUACCACCACCGCCUCCUGGACUACUACACAUUUUAAUGUCUACCGAUAAAUGUCAUGAACUCAUGUGGAGUGCCAAGCAACUUCAGCUUCAAGGCGAUCCGACGUUAUUACGGCCCCCGCCCAGUGCAUUUGGUGCUCCUUUAGCCCCAACAUGGGAACUUCUGCAGGAAACAAGUGCUCGUCUCUUAUUUAUGGCGGUCCGGUGGGUGCGGUGCUUGGCGCCAUUCCAAGCGUUAUCACCGUCAGAUCAACUGGUUCUACUUCGAGCGGCAUGGAAGGACUUGUUCUUGUUGCACUUGGCGCAGUGGUCGGCUCCUUGGGAUCUCGCGCCGUUGUUAUCGGCCCCGGCGGCCAGGGCUCGCCUGCCCCCUGACCCGCUCGCGGAUUUGGAACUUAAUACUUUACAGGAGAUUUUGUGCCGAUUUCGUCAAAUAGCACCUGAUGGCAGCGAAUGUGGGUGCAUGAAAGCGAUUGUACUAUUUUCACCAGAUACAGCCGGACUUAGUGAGACCCAACCAGUCGAAAUGCUUCAAGAUCAAGCACAAUGUAUUCUAGCAGAUUAUGUGCGCACUAGAUAUACCAGACAACCUACCAGGUUCGGUCGCCUCCUGCUGCUGUUACCGUCGCUCCGCGCUGUGCGAGCGCGUUCCAUCGAGCUCCUACUGUUCCGAGACACAGUCGGCGACGUGUCCGUUACCACACUGCUACACGACAUGUACCGAAUGCAACCGGCACCAGCGCCCCCAUUCCACGCUCCUCAUCCCCACACGACAACUGAACAUUGUUCAUCGCCCUAAUUAAAUAUUCAUAGGCAUGUCGAUAAGAUUAUUAUAUUCAACACACAAACAUAGUAAUAACAUUUGUUAAUAAUCUGUGCGCUGAGGUAUGGUUCGAGAUGAUACCGUCAUUUCGUUUUUACCAUCGUACCGCCCGCCACCGGAGUAGAGUUCAUCCAUACUACCAUCCACUGCGGUCAUCCACAGUGCGUUUCCAGAAGCCUUUUUUGCCACAUACCAUACGGCUAUGGAAUGAGCUCCCCUCCACGGUGUUUCCCGAGCGCUAUGACAUGUCCUUCUUCAAACGAGGCUUGUGGAGAGUAUUAAGUGGUAGGCAGCGGCUUGACUCUGCCACUGGCAUUGCCGAAGUCCAUGGGCGACGGUAACCACUCACCAUCAGGUGGCCGUGUGCUCGUCUGCCCAUAAGGGCAACAAAAAAAAUCGAACUCCGCGACGUUAUACCAUCUAGGUAUUCCUGUUCUUUUUUUUUUUAUUGCUUAGAUGGGUGGACGAGCUCACUGCCCACCUGGUGUUAAGUGGUUACUGGAGCCCAUAGACAUCCAUAACGUAAAUGCGCCAUCCACCUUGAGACAUAAGUUCUAAGGUCUCAGUAUAGUUACAACGGCUGCCCCACCCUUCAAACCGAAACGCAUUACUGUUUUACGGCAGAAAUAGACAGGGCGGUGGUACCCAACCGCGCGGACUCACAAGAGGUCCUACCGCCAGUAAUAAGUAUUGAGUGUACAUGCAGGUCGAAGGUUCGAUACUGGCGCGAACCAAGAUUAUCUUGUAAUUGUAAUGUGGUCAGUGUUCACGACUGGUCACAGUUGGCAGCCUGUUAGCAAUGAACUUUAAAUAUUUAAUGGCAGAGGCGACGCUUACUUUCAAGCUACAAACAUCCUCGCCUUUUAUAAGUUAAAAAUAGAAUUUGUCACAAAUUGUUAAUUAAUUUGUAGAUAUCUCGUUUAUACACUGUCUGCAAUAACAGUAUAAUUUCUAAUAAAGAUAAAUAAUAGGUAGAUAUCGGAAUAAUCAAAAACUUAUGUCAUAAAAAUUAGAAACUUUUCAAAAAUUUAUUCUAGUCAUUCCUCUAAAUUAUGGAAAUUCGUGCUUUAUAUGAAUGAAAUAUUUAAUACUGUUAAGAGAAUUGUAAAGUUAAAAAUUUUCGUGAAAUCAAUUUAUUUCUAGUCACAAUAAUAUUAUAAUGUUCUAUUUUAGUGUUAAUAUAAGGUUAUAAUUAUUAAACAAAAAACAAAAAAAAAAACAUUGAA